AUGGCUAAAUCAUAUAGUACAAUGAUUUUUUUGCUUUUUGCACUGAUUAUCACAGUACAAAUUGCAACAAUAAAUGCUGCAGAAACACCAGCAGUUAUUUGCAAGGUCACAAUCAAUGACCUUAUGCUAUGUUUACCUGCAGUAAUGGGGAAGAAACCUCCGAAACCGACACCGGAUUGUUGCGCAGUGGUACGCAAGGCUGAUUUACAGUGUAUGUGCAACCAGAAAUCUGAGUUGGGGAAAUUUGGAAUCAGUCCUGAAGCUGCAAUGAAUCUGCCUAAGCAAUGUAAAAUUAACGUUCCUCAUGGAUGUUAA